AUGAAUAGUCCCACCAUUUCGAAUAGUUUUGAAUCGUUGCGUUCGUUUCACACGAAAGAAAAUGAUAUAGUUCGUUUAUUCGAUGAAUUAUUGCCAUGGACGUUCAAUUGUCGAACACUGAUCGAUGCGGCUCGAAAUGGAGAAACAGCGGAAUGUGAAGAUCUUAUUCGACUUGGUGUUGACAUCAACGACAGUGAUACAUACGGAAAUACAGCCGUGUGGACAUCUUACUUUCAUGAACAUCUUGAUACAUUGUUUACGCUGUUACAACUCGGCGCAGAUCCGAAUACACGUUCAGGGGAGAUUCUAUGUUCUGAUCUGCAUCGUGCAUGUUCACUGGGCGAUCGAACAUUAACGGAGAUUCUUAUUGAAUGUGGUGGUUGUGUUAACAUAUCAGAUCGACAUGGGAAAACGCCGUUGAUCUACGCAUUGGAGUAUCCUUCGUCACAGCAUACAUUCGACUUGAUUUCGUAUCUUAUUGAGCACGGUGCAGAUAUCAACCAUCGAGAUGAACAUGGACUCACUCCGCUGCAUUACGCAUGCUAUCGAGCUGAUUAUCAAUCCAUGAAGUUAUUAGUUGAACAUCAAGCGGACACCUCAAUUGAAAAUUCCAUUGGCUAUAAUAUUCGUAAGUCUAAUCGCAUCUAUAUUCUUGCUAAUCAAUCAUUUCCAGUUCGCUAUGCUCUUUCAUGUUUAUCGUAUACAUCUCCCUUCGAACAUGCUCAAUACGCCAAUCGUUUAUUAAUAGUUGAUUUAUUAGUAAGUCAAUACUCGAUCGGGUCAUGUUUAUCUUAUGCAAUUAUUGGCAAAAGUCACGGUCAUGUUCAUCUUUUCCCAUUAUUCGAUUUUCUUUCCUAUUCACUGAUUCGGCAACGAACUGAUUUAGAAGAUUUUGCUUGGAAUAUAUUUCUAAAUCUUCAUUGGACAAAACAAUUAACGUGUACACUUGAAAGUUCCAUCCAACAUACAUUUAUCUACAGUCAUUAUUUUUCACAUGUGGUUUACCUAACUCAACGGUUUCAUAUUGUAAAUUAUUUGUUGUUUUUCUCAAAUUACCUCGAACGAGUGACAGUCGAUGCUAAACCAAACCGGUUUUGUCUACUUUUAUACACAAACCAUGUUGACCAUGGUUUAACACUAGUUCAAUCGAUGAGUGAACAUUUGAAUGUACCACUGGAUUACUCUCGGCGGUGCAUUUUAGAAAAACUCAUCUCGAAAUCUACGGAAAAACCCGAAAAAUUGAAAUUUUACUGUCGUCGUUCAAUUCGUAAAUCACUUUCCCUGGGUAUUCAUUGUAAAUUAAAAGGAAUCUGUUUGAAUAAGCAUUUAAAAGAUUAUAUUCUUCUUCGUGAACUAGAUUUUUUAUUUUUAAAUAAAACACAUCGCUAG